CACAUUCAGAAAUGUCUCCAACAUUUAUAGCUUACCACAGCCUGCUUUUUACAGCUGUUAAACUUGAAUUUGUGCUUCAUGCUGUCUAUAGGGCUGUUCAGGAGCACUCGUGGUGCAAGGGAAGGUGAUCAUUUGGAGGCUUUGCCCAUCUCCAGUCGUGUGUUAACCAUUAGCAUUCUAUUCUACCCUGAAAUGUUUUGUAGAGAGGAUUAGAGGAUUUAUUCCUACCACUGUCCCCAGCUUAGGUAUUUUUCUCCGUGGUUGUUGAUCCUGGCUGUGCUGGGGUAGUGUGGCAUGUGUUGCAGCUCUUGAGAGGUGCUUUUAUGUUGUUACAGUCAUUUUAUGUUACAGUGUUGGAAAUCACUCCUCCUUCUGAUGCAUCUCUUGCAGACAGAAUCUUGGGGUUGUGUAUUCUCAUAAAAGAUGUUGCACCAGUGUACACUGGUGACUUUUUCUGUUGAAAAUGAAUCUGAAAAUGAGCUGUGGAUCCUGUUUGUCAGCAAAUGUGCAUCUUGCACCAGCACUUUCUAUACCAGUGGCUAAAAGUAUUCGUGCAGACCCUGGAAGUGACCAGACCUGCAUCAUGCAGCUACAUGGAACUAAGUGAUCUGCAGCGAGAUCCACCAGCCCACUGUUCUGCUGGACCUGUUGGAGAUGACUUGUUUCAUUGGCAAGCAACUAUUAUGGGACCUCCUGAUAGUGCAUAUCAAGGGGGAGUAUUUUUUCUCACAGUACACUUUCCAACAGACUAUCCUUUCAAACCACCAAAGAUUGCUUUUACAACAAAAAUAUAUCACCCAAACAUAAACAGUAAUGGGAGUAUUUGUCUUGAUAUCUUGAGAUCACAAUGGUCACCAGCUCUGACUGUUUCUAAAGUUUUAUUGUCCAUAUGCUCCUUACUUUGUGAUCCUAAUCCAGAUGAUCCUUUAGUACCAGAUAUUGCACAGAUCUACAAGUCAGACAAGGAAAAAUACAACAGACAUGCGAGAGAAUGGACUCAGAAAUAUGCAAUGUAAACUUUUGAAGACCUUUUCAUAUACCACAGAGUACUGUAAAUUCUAGUUUUUUUCAAAAUUAGAAGGAAAUGGAGCACAGUUUAUGGUUUCAAUGUGACACCCCUUGAAUUUUUUUUCACCCGUGUAAGUGUGUUUCUGGAGCAACAGAGAACAAACUUCUGAAAAUAACCUUAUGACUUUGAUAAGAAUAUUUAUCCUCUUUGUAUGCUUUGCAGAAGACAUUUAUUAUAGUUUUUAAGAGUUGGACACCUGCAUCUUCAGACUACAAGAUCUAUAAUUCAGUUGUAAAUCAAUGAAAUUAUUUUUGCUGGAAAAAGUAGCUGUUUUCAUGUGAUGAAUACUGUAUGUGUGUCAUUGAAGUAUGUUGUCUGUUUCAUACGUGUGUUCAAGUUUCUUUUUGUUAGUUCUCUUGUAUAAUUUGUAUUUUUUUAUUGUAUAGACUAUUUUAUUUACAAUGUAAGUCAUUUCAGUUUAGACUUGCUUGUGCACAGUAUUGACAAGAUACAAACUGCUAACAGUGAAAAUAAUUGGAGUAUCUCACCCAUUAGAAUAUUCUGAAGACUGACUGCAGACUUCUUAAAACCUAAAAUGAUCUUUGCACUGUAAAUCUUUGUAUGCUGAUUAUGGAGAAACACUUGGUUUUGAUUCUGUUGCAUACUUGACUUAAUUUUAUUGCAAUGUGAACUAAUUGCACUGGUAUGUAGAAAGAUAUGUAACUAUUUUGUUGCUAUUCACAACUGAUUUGUGACGUGUGGGCAACAUAAUACUAUCACAGACCUUUUACAAAUCCAGAUGUAGCCUUUUCCAUAUAAAUAAAAUACAUUUUCUACUUUC